AUGAUCACUCACACCUUCCACCCCACCGCUUUGAUCUCUCCCCGAUCCUUCAUCUCCCUCUCGAUCUCCGCCCGCCGCCCCGAGCAGACCGCCAGCGGGUUUGUGACCGUUCAGAUCCCCCUUACGCAUCAUCGGGGCCUCGUCCCCGAUGCGCUGCGUGCCAGAAUUACCUCCUCGGCGCCUCGUGGGACCAUUUUCGCAUCGUACGCGAGUGUGGAGCAGGUGGUAUCCGCUGCCGGCCGGGUCGAGUGGACUAUGGCUACCACCUCGGACGCCGGCGGGGCGAUCCCCCAAUGGGUACAGCGGAGUUGGACGUUGGGCGGAGCUCCCAAAGCCAUUGUGGCGGACGUGGGGCUGUUCAUCGCCUGGACGGCUCGGCGGAGAACAGCUGGACGCUCCGUGACCCCGUAG